AUGCAAGCAGCUGUGAUCAGUCAACACCCAUAUUUCCCCGAGGACGCGUACAUCCCGGACUUUGUACCAAACGACAAAUCUUUGACCGAUCUUGUACUUCCCUUUGCAGGCACAAUCACCUGUGUUCUGGCAGCAUCAGUCAUACUUUCGAAACGUAUCAAUCCGGGUUAUCUGAUUCUUAAUUACGAGCGCGUUGCGAGUUCCAAUGAGCUGUUUGCUCAGCUCUGGAAAGAGUACUCGCUUAGUGACUCGAGAUACCUCACAGCCAAUACGUUUGUGAUUAGUAUUGAGACUAUCACGGUGUUGUUUUGGGGACCAUGCUGUAUUGCUACUGCAUUCUGCAUUACCACAAGGCGAAACCUGCGGUACCCACUCUCAAUUAUAGUGUGUAUGGCUCACCUAUAUGGGGUGACGCUCUACUACGCGACAAGCUUCGCAGAUAUGCAAAUGAAGGGGGUCGCGCACAGCAGGCCCGAGUUUCUGUACUUUUGGGUGUACUUUGUUGGCAUGAAUCUGCCUUGGGCAAUCGUUCCAUUGGCUCGUAAUCACGAAGUUAUCCUUGGCGCAUCUAUUAGGAAGAUAUGUUGGGCCCUUGAUCUGGCAGAUCGAACGGACCGCACCCAAGCCAACAAGAAGAACCAAUAA